CAGCCCCGCCAGCCGCCACAUCUGGCCUGCACAUCUGCCCGGACCGAGAGAGCGGGAGCGCGCGCGCCCGGGGCCGAGCGGGGCAGAGGCAGAGCCCGAGGCGGCCCGAGCAGUCCCUGGGGCUCCCCCUCCUCCACCCGUCGUCUUCUCCUUCUUCCUCGUCGUCCUCCUCCUCCUCGCCAGCCCCGGCUGCUGCGCGGCUCUCGCUCUAUGCGGAGACGGAGCGGGCUGGGCCAUGAGUCGGGCUCUCCGCUGGAGCCCGGGGCUGUUGCUCCUCUUCCUGUGGACGCGCAUCGCCAGCACCAUCCCUCCGCACGUCCAGAAGAUCGUUGAUGGAGUUCCAGUCACGGAGGAAAAUGGUGCUAUCAAGUCUUCACUCCUUUGCAAGUUUUGUGAUGUCCAAGUCUCCAACUGUACCAAUGAUGGGAACUGCCCAAGUUACUGCGGCAUCACAUCAAUCUGUGAAAAGGCACAUGAAAUCUGCGUAGCUGUGUGGAGGAAGAAUGAUAAAAAUAUAACCAUAGAAACACUCUGUCACGAUCCUAGCCUCGAGGUCCAUGGUUUUUCCCUGGAGGAUUCUAAUUCUGACAAAUGCAUAAUGAGGGAAAAAAAGGUCCCUGGUGAGACCUUCUUCAUGUGUUCCUGUAGGAAGGAGGAAUGCAAUGACAUCUUGUUCUUCUCAGAAGAUGCUUUUGACAAUUUCGAGCUAAUGGCCAUCAUCUUCAAAGUGACGGUCAUCAGCCUGCUGCCCCCGCUGGGCAUCGCCAUCGCCGUGAUCAUCAUCUUCUACUGCUACCGAGUCCACCGGCGGAGAAAGCUGAGCACCGCGUGGGAGACGAGCAAGCCGCGGAAGCUGGUGGAGUGCAGCGACCACUGCGCCAUGAUGCUGGAUGACGACCGCUCGGACAUCAGCUCCACCUGCGCCAACAACCUCAACCACAACACCGAGCUGCUGCCCAUCGAGCUGGACACGCUGGUAGGGAAGGGCCGCUUCGCCGAGGUGUACAAGGCCAAGCUCAAGCAGAACACGUCCGAGCAGUUCGAGACGGUGGCCGUCAAGAUCUUCCCCUAUGAGGAAUACGCCUCCUGGAAGACGGAGAAAGAGAUCUUCUCGGACAUCAACCUCAAGCACGAGAACAUCCUGCAGUUCUUGACGGCGGAGGAGCGGAAGAUGGAGCUGGGGAAGCAGUACUGGCUCAUCACCGCCUUCCACGCCAGGGGCAACCUGCAGGAGUACCUCACGCGGCACGUCAUCAGCUGGGAAGACCUGUGGAAGCUGGGCAGCUCCCUGGCCCGGGGCAUCGCCCAUCUCCACAGCGACCACACGCCCUGCGGGAGACCCAAGACCGCCAUCGUGCACAGAGACCUGAAGAGCUCCAACAUCCUGGUGAAGAACGACCUGACCUGCUGUCUCUGCGACUUCGGGCUCUCCCUGAGGCUGGACCCGACCCUCUCGGUGGACGACCUGGCCAACAGCGGGCAGGUUGGGACAGCAAGAUACAUGGCUCCUGAGGUUUUGGAAUCCAGGAUGAACUUGGAGAAUAUGGAGUCUUUCAAGCAAACAGACGUCUAUUCCAUGGCCCUCGUUCUCUGGGAAAUGACGUCUCGCUGCAACGAGAUAGGAGAGGUCAAGGAAUACGAGCCGCCGUUCGGUUCCAAGGUGAGAGAGCAUCCCUGCGUUGAAAGCAUGAAGGACAACGUGCUGAGAGACCGAGGACGGCCCGAGAUCCCAAACACUUGGCUCAGCCACCGAGGUAUACAGAUGGUCUGUGAGACACUGACUGAAUGCUGGGACCACGAUCCAGAGGCCCGACUGACCGCUCAGUGCGUGGCCGAGCGUUUCGACGAACUGGGGGACCUGGACCGGCUGUCGGGGAGAAGUUGUUCAGAGGAAAAGAUCCCCGAGGACUGUUCUCUGAACCCCACCAAGUAACCUCGGGCUCGGCUCGCACGGAGAGCAAGGACGCUGCCCACCUCCCCGGGGGCCGAGGGCAGGAAAAAGCCACCGAUAAGUGCCUUGGCCCGGCUUCCUGUGGCACCGAGGGGUCCCCGCGCCCCCCUGAAGCCAGGGCUCCGGAGAGGAACUCUCUGGUGGGAAGCAGCCGCUGGCGGGGAGUGGGCGACAGAAAGCAUUCUACACCUUUGACAUUGUCACGGGAUAAGCUGUGUUAGCACUUCCUCAGGAAAUGAGAUUCUCCCCCCUUUCCUUACAAUAGCCAAUAACAAUUGCACUUUAUUAAUGCCUGUAUAUAACUACGGAAUAGCUAUGUUUUAUAUAUAUUAAAAUUUAUAUCUAUAUCUCUAGUUCUAUCUACGGCCAUACUCUGUAGACGAGGGAAGAAUGGCAGGAGGUGAUCGUACCAGAGGAAGCAGGGACGAGAGGGCGCCCUCAGACAGCAUUAGCUCCCCCCACGCCCCCCCUCAGAACUCGAGGGGCAAAGAGCACCCGCCUCCCUAUUUCCUCGCCAAGCCAAAGCUCCCUCCCGGCCCAGCCGGCAGCCGUUACCCCUCGUUCCUCGCUGAAUUUCUGCCGCCGGUUCAUGUGGUUCUUUCAUGGGUUUCUGACUCCCGAUUCUGGAUUUGGGGAUCACAUUCCUUCCUUGCGCCCCUCUCCUCAUUGGCCAGGAGCCCGCUGCGGGCUACGGCUCACGGGCUGCAGAAAAAUGUGGAAAGCGGCUCAUUUUCCCUGCGUGCCCCCACGAAAUCAGCCAAAGCCAGACAGAUGGUUUCCAUUUGCCUUCCCUUAUAUGGGGCGGUUGUGCUUUUCUUGAUGAAGAAGUUGUCAUGAGUGUUUUACUCCUGGGCCCUCCCCCCCCACCACUACCCUUCCCUUCCCCCAACCCGCAUCAUUUGGCCAGAUCUCUGCUCCGUCACCCCACCAGAUGUGCACCCCCGAGCUUGAACUCCGUUAUUUUAGCCUCUCGUUCUUCUAUGCAAAAACCAAUGAGUUGCAUCUCUCGCUGCUCCCUGAAUGCACUUGGACACUUUGGCAUCAUGGAAAGGAGAUGAUAGACGAUGUUGUUGUAGGCCUUCUUCCCCGGACCUUGCAGGAAAGAGAAGCCCCGCUCUAACCCUGAACUCGGCGGCCAUUCCCCUCUGGCUCUUCCUGCUAAGCCCUGCUUGCUUUCUCGGGUUCAGAACGAGCAGAAGUAGGGUCCAAUGGGACAGCUGCUGGCGCUCCAGUCAGAGGGUCUGGGUUGAUUCCCAGCCCUGCCAUUUUCUAUGCAUCUACAAAUCAUUUUGCCAGACCAGAUCUGUUGUUUUUUUAAAGGGUUGGAUCAAGGUCCCUCCCUUCCAAUUCAAAAUCUCUGAUCUCCCCCCAUCCCGUAAUCCCUUCCAAGAUUUAAAGACAGAGUUAAGUUCCCAAUGGGGGAUGGGUGGGAUAGGAACACCCCCAAUCUUUUUUUGUCUGCUUCUUUAAGGCUUUGUUCUCUCGUGCCUUAUGGGAUCACCCACCAUCUCCCAGAGGCCUUUGCUACAAGCAUCAGUCAGCUCACAAAGCAGGCCUUCCCAGGUCUUUCCAGAGCCAGCUCUCUCUGUAAAGCAUCGGUAGUAGAGGCCCGGCUUGGUGGCCCCAAAGGAAACCCAUUUCUCUACCCAAGAGCUUUAAAAAAAAAAAAAAAAACUCAGAGGCUUGAUUGAAAAAUAUUUUUGGAGCUUCUCUCUCACCCUCCUUUGGAGCUGGGAAGGACUCAAGAGAAAGGAGCUACAGACAAAGGGGCUACUCAGAUGCAUUUUUAGUGGGGGCAUGUAAAGAGAAACUGAGAUAUGAGAUGGAGGGGGAAGGACAGUACCCACCUCAGGGCUGCAAUAUUGGGGGAAGGGGAAGGUGGUCAGGGGCCUGGAUCCCCACUGUCUGUCCUCAAAAAGCCAUUUUCACGUCUAGUGCCUUUGGACAGCUGGGGCCCAUUGACCCCUGGUGGUUGGUGGGUGGAAUCCUCAGGUUCCUUCUUUAAUGGUCUUCCCCGGCAAGUACUCAACGUACAUAAACUGGAAUGUCGUGUAACGUUAUACUGUGGCCUGUUUGUUUGUAUUUUCUCAUUCAAGGCAAAAGACUAAGGAAUACCGUCCUGUAUUUCUUGGAGAUACCAACUCCUUUUUUUGGGGGGGAACUACUACACCGAAAGGGAAAUCUUUAUUCUUAUAUGGAACAUUUCAACUGUACAUGACCUAUGAAAUAGGAAUGUGAAUUAUAUAUAUAUGCUUUUUUAUCAGAUGUUUCAAGCACUUAUUUCCACUCUAAGCCGUGUUUUUUUUUUUUAAAUAAAUCUAAUGUUUAUUAAGUCAAAUAAAGCAAUAAAGCUCAGGAAAA